UGCUAAAAUCUUCAAAACUUUCAUUAAUUAAUUAAGUACCCUCUCUUUAAUCGAUCCCUUCGCCUAUUCCUUUCUGCAUUAAUUGCCUUAUUAAUUUCACAUGGAAACUCCAAAAUCACCCCUACAGCCUCCAACUUAUGGAAACCUGAUAACUGUUCUCAGCAUUGAUGGAGGUGGAAUUAGAGGGGUUAUCCCGGCAACUAUCCUUGCCUUCUUAGAGUCCGAGCUUCAGAAACUGGAUGGUGAGGAAGCAAGACUUGCGGACUACUUUGAUGUGAUUGCUGGAACUAGCACAGGUGGCCUCGUAACCGCCAUGCUAACAGCUCCAAAUGAACAAAACCGUCCUUUGUUUGCUGCCAAAGAUAUCAAGGACUUCUAUCUAAACCAUUGCCCCAAAAUCUUCCCCCAACAAAGUUGUCCCUUCGCUAACGCUACAAAGCUGCUCAAAUCGCUUACUGGACCAAAAUAUGAUGGCAAAUAUCUGCAUCGCCUUGCGAAGGAGAAAUUAGGAGAUAAUAGAUUGCACCAGACGUUGACAAAUGUUGUGAUACCAACUUUUGACAUCAAGAAACUCCAACCAACCAUCUUUUCCAGCUAUGAGGUGAAGAAAAGCCCAAGCAUAGAUGCCUUACUUUCUGAUAUUUGCAUUGGCACUUCAGCUGCCCCAACUUAUCUUCCAGCCCAUCAAUUUGAAACUCAUGACCCAAAAGGAAAUGCGAGACGAUUCGAUCUCAUCGAUGGUGGAGUGGCGGCUAAUAAUCCUACUUUAGUCGCUAUAAGCGAGGUAACCAAAGAAAUCACUCGAGGGAGUUCUGAUUUCUUUCCUAUAAAGCCAAUGGACUACGGUCGGUUUUUGGUGAUAUCAUUAGGGACUGGUUCACCAAAGACGGAAGAGAAGUACGAUGCUCAUAAAGCGGCAAAGUGGGGUCUGUUGGGAUGGUUGACCAGUGAAAGUUCGACUCCAUUGACCGAUGUGUUUAUGCAAUCUAGCGGCGACAUGAUAGACUUUCACAUAUCUAACCUUUUUAAAGCCCUUCAUUCCGAAGAAAGUUAUCUUCGAAUUCAGGAUGAUACCCUAACCGGAAACGAGUCUUCCGUGGAUAUAGCCACCAAAAAGAACUUGGAGAGUCUUGUGGGACUUGGUGAAAGACUACUGAAGAAACCAGUUACAAAGGUUAAUUUUGAGACUGGAGUCUGUGAGCCUUGUCAUAAGGGUACCAAUGAAGAGGCCCUCAUAAGGUACAUAACUUUUAUUUGCAGAAAUUCUCUCCAAGGAGAAGCGAACUCGUGA